AUGAAGAAGCUUUUAACGAGAAGAAGGCCUUAUGGCUUUAUUCUUUUCUCAUUGUUCAGCUUUUUCAUAGGUGUUGAAUCCCUUUGCUAUCAACCAUGGGUUCCCGAAAAUGGGCAUGUGAUUUUUGCUGAUGCUGGCCCUUAUUCACCAGGGACUAUAGCUAGAUACAGUUGUGCUCUGGGUUUUGAACGAGUCGGCGCUGAGGAGAGAACGUGCCAAAGCAAUGGUCGUUGGUCGAGUCAAGCUCCGGUUUGUGCGAUUGAUGUAGCUAAAUCAAGACCAACGGAACAGUCAUCGGGUGGGCCAUCUGAGGCGCCGAUUAAAGGACGAUGCAGUCUUACAGAUAACGAAAGUCGAUCGUGGUGGGCUGUGGAAUUGCUGGGAGAAUAUGAAGUCCACUCGAUCGGAAUCCGAUUAGGGGUCGACUCGUCGGAAAUCGAUAGCGUUGAACUCGUCACAACUGAUGGUGAAUCACAGAACUGUGACAUCGCCUCGCACACUUUCUCAUCAAAUCAAACCGUUGUUGUUCGCUGUAAAGCGUCAAGGGUGUCCCGUGUCGUGAUCACCGCUCAAUCUCGACUCCACCUUUGCACUGUUCACGUCUAUGCAACGAAUGCCGUGUCCGCUUGGCAAUGUGCGGUGAGUGGAAUGGAGCUGGUGGGAGUGGUCGAUGGGAUGUGCUUUGCUGCAUCGAAAGAAGAGAAAUCCGACUGGAAACAGGCACAGGGAACAUGCCUCGAUCGAGGCGCCACACUGCCGAUGAGGAUGAGCCCUUUGGUGAGAAAGGGCCUACGAUCAGCUCUGUCGAAUGCGAAUUUUGGAUCGUCUUUCUUCUGGAUAGGGUUAUUCGCUGGUGAGAACGAGUGGCGCUGGGUUGAUGGCGAGCCGCUGAGAGAUGGGGAAGCGGAUUGGCCUGAACAGGGACGAGCACCACCACCAAACCAACCAGAAGCGAUCUUGCUGGCAAGACCGCUGGAAUGGAAAUGGAUCCCGUCGGCGCAAACCGCUUGGAAUCACUAUAUCUGUCAAAGCAAACCAAAAUUCUGUACCUCACCGGGUGUCGGAGAAGCUGGGAGAGUGGCGUUCUCUUCGCAUUCAUACGCGAUCGGUACUCAAUGCUAUUAUUCUUGUGAGGAUGGAUUUCGAUUAAUGGGAGAUCAAACACGAGAAUGCCAGGAUGGAGGGAGAUGGUCGGGAUCGAUUCCCCGAUGCAGAAGAUUGGACUGCGGAGAUCCGGGUCAAGUCACGAAUGGAAUCGUGCAAUUUCUCAAUGGCACCACUCUGUUUGAGGCUCAAAUCGAAUACGACUGCUCUGCCGGUUACGAGCUGAUCGGCGAGAAAUCGCGGACAUGUGGCAGAGACGGCGUUUGGAGUGGAGAGGCGGCGAUUUGUGAACCGUAUGACUGCGGUAUGCCGACAAAUAUCAGUCAUGGAGAUGUCUCUACGAAUAAAACGACAGUCAAUGGAACGGCCAAGUACAUCUGUUUGACGGAAGAGUUUCGACUAAUUGGACAUGAUACCGUUUUCUGUACGGAGAGAGGAGUUUGGGAACCGGCAGCUCCCGUUUGCUAUGAUGUGGCAACUUUGCGUGACAUGAAGGGAAACAUCGGUGAUAGCAACAUUUACCUGGUGAUCUUGGCUUUUCUCAUGGUGGCAAUCCUGGUGUUCGUCGUGAUUCGCGUUUUCCCGCCGAAAACUUUCCAAUCGCAUUCAACGAUUGAGACGAACAAAUACACGCCGACGCCUGUGCAGAAUCUGCAGAACAUGGCACAGGUGAUCUAUGCAGCACCGUCAGCUUUAACCGUAUCACAAAGCUCAUCUUCGCCGGAUAAAGUUGUUUACUACGCAACAUCGGCUCCAAUUGCUCAACUGGAGGUGCCACCACAAUUACUGCAACUGCAGCAAUUACCGAAUGGAAACAUUCACGUGACCCUCCCACUUGGACGUCCAAUGGCUCGACCGCCGCUGCCUGGCUUCAACCCCCACUCGCCGACUCCGUCGCAACUACUGUACUCAUUUGAUCAUGAGCCUUUCUACGAUGUGCCCCCGGAUUUCGAUGGGGAUACGCUUCCCAGACAACCAACCCUGCUGAAAGCUCAUCCCACUCCGAGACUACCGACUUUACCCAGAAACGCUCCACCAAUUCGACCGAAAAUCGUACAAUCAAAGAGCGAUGAUGAGAAUAUCUAUGAACGGAUGCCCGAUUUGCCCUUGAAUUCACCGCCAUCAGAUUUUGUU